AUCAAACAUGUCUCUGUCAGUUUAGAGCAGAGCCCGCCUCCUCUUUCACCGCCCACACAGCCCGGCUUGUGGAGCGGAGCUCAGCCAGGGGAGGCUUCGGAAGCUCCCAGCGCCGUUUCCACUGAGAAUGUAUUCUUACCGGCAGCCGCCUGCUAUCACCGGAGAGCGGGAAUGGCCGUCAUGCGCCUCACACCCAGCGGGCCGCUUUGACAGAUAGAUACGCGCUAUAAUACACUGAGGGGGGGGAGGAGGAGGGGGUGUUAUUUUUUAUUUUUUUUUGUUUCCCGCCCGUUUUGAAACGGAAGCGGCGGGGACGCGCAGGGCGGGAGCGCGCCCCCUCCUGACACAGAUCUGCUUACGUUACUAUAAAUGGUUUGAAGCUGUGGGAGGCGGCAGCGUCGGCCGGGCUUUCGCAUACAGCCUGCAUUUCUAUAAGAGACUCUUGGCCGCAGGGACAUCCGAAGCAGGGGGGUCGCGGAGUGGGCUGGGCCGGGCCUGAGGAAGUCACCUAUUAUUGUGUCUGUGACGCGCCUCCCUCCACUCCCCCCUCCCCCGCGUUAGUGGCUGCAGUGGUACAUCCCAGGGUGUGGAGCCUCAGACAUAGGAGAGCACAAGAGUUUACAGAGCCGGGGAUUGCGAUCAUCUGGCCCGGGACAUCCAGCCCCCGUCUCCUCCCGAGGCCGCCAUCCCGGGGCUGAGCGACUACUGGAGCGCCGUGUAGGCCGCCUCCUCCGCUGGGUGUGUGCGGCGCCGAGCCGCCGGAGUCUCCAGGACGUGACCUUCCAUGACCCGCGUUCACCUUGCCCUGGGUCCCGGGGCUGUGGACGGGCGGUCCGCGGAGCGGGCCCUCCGAGCGCUGCGCCUGUGCCUUGUCUAUCCGCACCCAUCAGGUAGCAUGCUUCCCCAAAGAUAAGGCCCAGCGCCUGGCCCUGGCCUAUUGCACUUGGUGGAACAGGGUUACUCAUCAUCCUCCUCCUCAAUGACUGGAUUAUUACUCUCAUCAUCCUCCUCACCGUUCCUGGUCAGAGACCCUCUUUGACGCCCUGGAGUAUAUCUUCUCUCAGCAGCCCCUCUAGAAGGCCUGUCACUUCUACCUGUAGCACCGGCCCCGGAUGACAUGGAUCCCUGACACUUCAGCCAUUUUCCCCUUUGCCUUUUUUUUUUCUAAUUUGAUUUGUUUGCUGACAACUUGGUAUUUCCUGCUCUGACUACCACCUGCUGCUGUGUGGACUGUGCUUUUUGGACCGGGGCUUAUUAUUUUUUAUUGUGAAACACAUCGAUGGUGAUUACAUCCGGCUCUGAAGAGGCGCCCCCUCAGAGAAUGCUGACGGCGUUACCCACAGAAUGGGGCAGUAAGGAUCCGGCGUGUCCCUGCAGCAAGAAGCCUUCCAGAAGUGGCAGCAGUACAGGAUGCAAGUCCUCCUCUUCUUUCUGUCUGGCUGCCCCUUUUGCCUUUGUCCCCACUGAGGCAAGCAUGUCGAGCCAGCACAGCCACGCUCCUUUCUCCAGCCUUCAAUCAAUGGCUGAUCAUCAGCAGGUCCUGCCAGAUAUGACCAUUUUACAACGGCGGAUUCCAUUAACCUUCCGAGACUCGGCAGCUGCACCUCUACGGAAGCUUUCAGUGGACUUGAUAAAGACUUACAAGCACAUAAAUGAGGUUUAUUACGCUAAAAAGAAGCGCCGUGCCCAACAAGUGCCACCUGAAGACUCCAGCACGAAGAAGGAAAGGAAAGUGUUCAACGAUGGGUUUGAUGACGAUAACUACGAUUACAUAGUUAAGAACGGAGAGAAGUGGAUGGACCGAUAUGAAAUAGAUUCACUGAUUGGAAAAGGAUCUUUUGGACAGGUGGUGAAAGCAUACGAUCACCAUGAUCAAGAAUGGGUAGCCAUUAAAAUCAUUAAAAAUAAGAAGGCUUUUUUGAACCAGGCCCAGAUAGAGCUGAGACUACUUGAGCUUAUGAACAAACAUGACACCGAAAUGAAGUAUUACAUAGUGCAUUUAAAACGACACUUUAUGUUUCGGAACCAUCUUUGUCUGGUGUUCGAGUUAUUAUCUUACAACUUGUACGACCUUUUAAGAAAUACAAACUUCCGCGGAGUCUCUCUAAACCUGACCCGAAAGUUUGCUCAGCAACUCUGCACCGCUCUGCUCUUCUUGGCCACUCCUGAGCUCAGUAUCAUUCAUUGUGACCUGAAACCUGAGAACAUUCUUCUAUGUAACCCAAAACGCAGUGCCAUCAAAAUUGUGGACUUUGGCAGCUCCUGUCAGCUUGGACAAAGGAUCUACCAGUAUAUUCAAAGCCGCUUUUAUCGGUCACCUGAGGUGUUACUGGGGAUGCCGUACGACCUGGCUAUAGACAUGUGGUCUUUAGGGUGUAUUUUGGUGGAAAUGCACACGGGAGAACCUUUAUUCAGCGGAUCCAAUGAGGUGGAUCAGAUGAACAAAAUAGUAGAAGUCCUGGGAACUCCCCCAAACCACAUGUUGGAUCAGGCCCCAAAGGCACGGAAAUACUUUGACAAACUUCCUGAAGGAACGUGGACUGUAAAGAAAAAUAAAGAUAUCAAGAAGGACUACAAAGUGCCAGGAACUCGUAGGCUCCAUGAAGUUCUGGGUGUAGAAACUGGUGGUCCUGGUGGACGCAGAGGAGGAGAACAGGGACAUUCGCCAUCAGAUUAUCUCAAAUUUAAAGAUUUAAUUUUACGGAUGUUGGAUUAUGACCCUAAAACUAGGAUUACCCCUUUUUAUGCGCUCCAGCACAAUUUCUUCAAGAAAACGACAGAUGAAGGGACAAAUACAAGUAACAGUAACUCUACAAGCCCUGCAAUGGACCAUAGUCACUCAACCAGUACAACUAGUUCUGUGUCCAGCUCAGGAGGAUCAAGUGGCUCUUCUAACGAUAACCGCAAUUACCGGUACAGCAACAGAUACUAUAACAGUGCUGUUGCCCACACAGAUUAUGAGAUGCAGAGUCCACAGGCUCAUUCUCAGCAGCAGAUAAGACUGUGGGCUGGCGGAGAUGUUCCAAUCACAAACAGCGAUUCCUACCCUCAGAUCUUACCUCACAAGCCUACUCCCAGUCAGCCGCAACAUUUUCAUGGAAACGAACCACAUCACCCCCACCCGCUGUACCAUCAUGUUAACCGGCCACACUACCAUCGGCAGCUCAUCACCUCCUCUUCUCCGCAAAUCCCAGAGUCUAUGGAGCUCAGCUUGGGACACAGACACCCCCAGUCUUCCUCUUCAUUGCACCCACACCACCCUAGCUUAGACUGCACUCCGUUUGGCUCCUCAAACUUACACUUAGGGGUUUCUGCUUUUCGGACUAGAACAGUCAGUGGGCAUAACGAUUCUGGUGUGCCUCUGAAUUAUCCCUACUCUAGCAACACAUCCAGCAUGGUUGGACCACCUCAUAUCCGAAACAGGACGGAAACUGAAGAGAGUGCGAUGUUAGGCGUUUGUGUCCCUCAGAGUACAGCAGCAAGCUCUUGAUGAUUCUUUCAUGUAAAAUUAAAGCCAUACCAAUAAUAGAAAAUACUGAAUUCGGAGGAGGGCUGACAGGCUGCAGGGUGGGGUUGUGGAAAAAGGGUGAGCUGGCUUUUAUCACAACCAUCAAACAAAAAAAAUGUCAAGGUGUAGCUGUUAAUGUGAAUUGUUUAUUUAUUAAAAAAAAUCACUACGAGAGGAGUGUGAAGUGUGUGUUGACCCAUGAGAAGCCGUUUUAAACAGACUUCAAUUGGACUGCUUUUUUUAUUUUAUUUUAUUUUUUAUUGCUUUUUUUUUUUGACACACUGGUAGAAGUUAACCUGUGCAAAGACUUCAAGACAUUUCCAAUGCUUCCAUUUCUAUCAUAAAAGGUCCUCUUCAGAAGAAGCAGGAGAAUCCAGACUUACUUUGCACGUCAGUGAACUCGUUUACAGGCCAAACGUCACUCUGCAAAACACUGUCUGUGCCAGUUGCCCUACGCUGCCAUUUUAACCAUUCAUCCAGAUCCCCUGUGUUGCCCCCUCCCCUCCCCCACUUUCUACCAACCUUGCUAGGGUGCAGAUUUAUGCACUUCACUGGAAUAACCUUGGCUGCUAACUCCACUCUCUCAACUGGAAUUGCUGCUAAAACUCUUUAACAGUUUUGCUUUCUAAGAAAAAAAAAAAGAAAAACAAAAACCUAAAGGUUCCCCUAUGUCUUUUAUUUAUGACUUCGUACUCGGUUUUAGCUGUUUCAGGAAAGAUUUUUAGGAGCCAUUUUAAUUUUUUAUUUUUUUUUAUAUAUUUUUUUUAACUGAUUAAUGCUUGUGCAUUAAUACUGGAGUUCAGUGUCUGUAAUUCCCCCAUCGGUUUUAUAUUUUUUUCCAGUUUUGAUUUGACAUCAUUUUUGUUUGUGCACUGAAUUCUGGUUUUAACACUACAAAUUAUUAUUUAAAAGUUUUUUUUUUACUACAUUGCCCCUUCAUUUUUUUUUUUAUAGUCUCUCGGCCUCUUAAGUUGAUUGUGACCAGUAAUGGCGCAUCUUCAUGGGUUAUACUGUAAGACGCUAAGCCCUUGCUUCAGUAUUAAAACUUUUACAGCGCUAUGUGCUGUAACAGUAGGGUUUUUUCUUUUUUUCAAAUUUUUUUUUUCUUAAUUUUUUUUCAAGACUUUCAAAAUGUAAAGACUUAAUCUGUCCUAUUUUCAUAUCUGUGGAUAGUAAUGUACUGUUUUAAUUUUAUUUUUAAUUUUUUUCCCCCCUUUUUUUUUUCUUUUUUCUUUUAUUUAUUGUACCAAAGAUGGUAUUGAGGCAUCACUUAAAAAAACAAAAAACAAAAAAAAUCCUUAUCAGACCUGUAAAAUGAUUGUCUUUUUAAAUGUUUCCUUUUUCUGUUCUUGCGUGUUUAAUUGGGCUUAAAAUUCUGAAUCAUGUGUAGUUGCUGUUGGACUCCAAGGCCUUUCACAUUCAUGUUUGUUUCAAGUAUUGUGGGUGAUUUGGAGGAUCCUAAAAAUAAAGUAAUAGACAGCUACAGAAGAUCGAGAGGGUCAGUGUUGAUUGUGUCUUAAAAAAAAAAAAAAUAACUAUAAAACGUUAAGAUCGUCACAUUAGCCAUGCUGUAAUAGAUCGUCACCAUGCUUUGGGCGAAUAAAAUGCAAGUAGAGACAACUGUUGAUGCGGAUUAUUCUGCUUUGCUGCCAUUGACUCUUGUGUGUGUCGGAAGGUCGGUGGUAGCAAAGCAUUGAGCAACGUAUUUGGGGCGUAUCUAUACGAGUAGCGAUCAUGACAUUUCUAAUUCUGUGUAUGCCAUAUGUCGGGUAUGCCUGUUGCCCAUACCUUCUGUUAUGCAAUAUUUUUUUUUUUUUUUUUAGUUUUCUGCUUUUUGUAUAUCGGAGUUUAUUAUUAAUGUAAAAUGCACAUUUUAUUCUAGCAAUUUACUAUUAUAAUUUUAUUUUUAUUUUUUUCCUUAAAGCCUCUAAAUUUCUAAUGUAGAACAUUGUGCUAUCAUUUUGGCUUUAAGUGUUUGUUUGAUUCGUUCCAUUUUUAUUUUCUCUUUUGGACCGGCCUGGAGAGUUAAUUGUGAAGUGAUAUAAAUAUAUAGAUAUAUCCAUCCAUCCCCCAUCCCCCACCCAGGUUUUUACUAAUUGUUAAAGGAUGUA